AUGAAGACUGUUAUGAUUCUUUUCCUGGCAUCGGUAGUUAUAGCAAGCUGUCAAGGAGAUAACCUACCCGAGGACAGCCCAAGUAGAGUUCACGUAGUGGAUUACAAUCCUAUCGGAGAUCAACUUUUCAACAACCCCGACAAUUUUGUCAUAGACGGAUACUUCAGCAAACCAGGAAACUCACCUCCAGGAGGACAUGAACAACAAAGCACUGGACCUGUUUUAGUUGACGGACCUCCUCAGCAGAAUAGUCCAUACCCUUACCCAUACAAGAAAUAUGACUCACCACUUGCUCGUAUGGGAAAAUAG